AGUUUCUUUGGAUGGUAAACUUUGAUUAAAAAAAAAAAAACAGAAGAAAGGUGGUGAGUUGUGUAAAUGGGAGCAGCUGAGAAGUGACGCGUGUCCUAUGACAGCUGUAUCCCAAAUCCCAAGCCAACCGCUUCCCUGGAAGAAGCGGUACCGAUUGCCCAUAACGCUCGCUGACAACUCCAAAACCUAACUUGCCAAACCGGUAUCCACUCCCCCACUCCCUCUCACAUAUAAGCGACCAAACCAUUGCAAUGCUCCACACCACUACGCCACAGGAGUCGCCUCGUGUUUCCGUUUCCGUUUCAAUUUCCUCUCACAGGCUUUAACCUUACCAGCUCGAGAUAAGACAUGGACCGGAUCAAAGGCCCAUGGAGUCCGGAGGAGGACGAGGCUCUGCAGAAGCUGGUGGAGAAACACGGGCCCAGGAACUGGUCUCUGAUCAGCAAGUCCAUCCCGGGCCGGUCCGGCAAGUCCUGCAGGCUCCGGUGGUGCAACCAGCUGUCCCCCCAGGUGGAGCACCGGGCCUUCACGGCCGAAGAGGACGACACCAUAAUCCGGGCCCAUGCCCGCUUCGGCAACAAGUGGGCCACCAUAGCCCGCCUCCUCCACGGCAGAACCGACAACGCUAUCAAAAACCACUGGAACUCCACCUUGAAGCGCAAGUGCUCUUCAACCAUGAUCGACGACAACACCCAACCGCUGAAAAGAUCCGUGAGUGCCGGCGCGGCUAUUCCAGUCUCUACUGGACUCUACAUGAACCCGCCCACACCGGGUAGUCCCUCCGGAUCCGAUGUGAGCGAGUCCAGCUUACCGGUUGCAUCCUCUUCGCACGUGUUCCGUCCCGUGCCUAGAACUGUCAAGGUUCUACCACCCGUAGAAACCACGUCGUCCUCCAAUGACCCUCCAACUUCACUUUCUCUAUCACUCCCCGGUGUUGGUGUUGUUGACUCAUCCGAAGUCUCCAAUCGGACAACUGAGCCGAUUCAUUUUACACCGCCAAUGCCACAUCGGUCGAAUACUAUGCCUUUGCUGCCAAUGAUGACGUCGGUUUCAGCGACGGUGAUGGCGCCGUUUAAUUUUAGCGCAGAGUUUCGGUCGGUGAUGCAGGAAAUGAUAAGGAAGGAGGUGAGGAGUUAUAUAGAGUUGCACAAUCAGAAUGGGAUGUGUUUUCAGGCUGCGGUGAAUGAUGGGUUUAGGAACGCUUCCGUCAAGCGUAUUGGAAUUAGCAGGGUUGAUUCGUAAAUAGUAUCAUCGGAGAAAAGAAUGUUCAUUUGCUCCUCCUAAUGGGAAAAAAAUAAGAAGAAUCUGUUUUUUUCCCUGUUCUUUUUUAUUUUUAAUCAAUGUUUUUAGGCAAUAAUUAUGGUUAAUGUACAGUGAGACAUAACUCGAUCGAUCCGAAGGAGAAUGGUAAUCGGAAGAAAGAGGGAGAUAGAUAGGUGUUAUUACCCAUUAGAUAAAAUCUGAAAUCUAUGUUGUAACUUUUUUUUUUUUUUUAAUCCUCUCUUGGUCAUGUUCUCCAGUGAAAACAAAAAGAAAAUACAAUUUUAUAUUAAACAAAAUCUUCUA